CAGGAGUAUCCUUACCCCAGCGUGGGAGGGGAGUUAGCUGGGGUUGGGGUCCCGGGCUGCAGGCGAGGUGAGCGGGAGUGGCCCCAGAAACACCGCUCCCCGUCACGUUUCUCCGCUGAAGUGCCCGUCUUUGUUUCUGUCAUUACUAUUUGUUUGUGUAGGAAAAAGGCAGGCACCAAAAUAGAAAGUGUCAAAGACAGGAUGACAACGAAGAUAAAAACAAGACGUAACUUUUCUUUAAGCCCCACCUAGCACCCUCGGUCCUGAAAGCAAGCGCACCCCUUCCUGCUCUCUUCAAGGAGAAGAGCUGCUGGGGCAGGAAGCGGCGGCCCCGGCUGCGGGUCCUCCGAGGAGAGCGGCGAUUUCCUCCCGAGCCGCCCAGUUACCUCCGGAGCCGCAGAACAGCUCUCCGAAAAGCGCGUUCUCUCCCCCACCCAGCGCUCCCCAACCCACCCACCUACUUCCUCCGGCUCGACACACACACAAGCACAGAGCUGCCAAAAAUUUCCACCCUCCGCCCCUCUGCCUAGCUAACUUCCUUCCAGCAUUUCCUGAGCUGGAUGAGCCUAGGAUUUGUAAGACAGGAAAAAAAGGAAGGCGUGAGGGCGGGCAGGAGAGACAGGAUGCUUGCUUUUCACUUUACCAAAGCCGUCUGAAGGCAAGACAGCGGGCCCCGGGGAGCGGAUCCCGAGCAGCCCCCGAGGCGGUCUCCUCGCUCCCGUCCUCGGGUGAGCACUGAGGCUGAGAGGAGAGCUCUCCCCUCGCUCCGAAGCCGAGGAAGACCCCCGAGGACACAGCAGAGCCCGUGAAAGUCCCUGCGACUCCAAGCGAGGACGUGACACUCCCGAGCCAGCCGAGCCGCCGCUGCCAGCUCCGCGCGGCCUCCGGCACCGCGGCCCUGGAGGAGCGCGGGCGGACCCCAGGCUCUGCUCGCUCGGCCGCCGGCGGAGGGGCCGAGCGCCCCGCGGGCUUCGUGCGCGUUGCCCGGGUCCCAGGUUCUUCCCGACGCCGAUGCGGCCCCCCAGAGCCGCGCUCCAGCCAGUGAUCUAACCCAGAGACCAUCCUAGCGCGGUGCCAAGCAGAGGGGAGGGGAGACGGAGGGGCACCCUCUUUGGGACUAACUCAUGAAGAACAAGGGUGCCAAGCAGAAGCUGAAACGAAAGGGAGCUGCCAGUGCGUUUGGCUGUGACCUGACGGAAUAUCUGGAAAACUCUGGACAGGAUGUUCCAUAUGUAUUAAAGAGCUGUGCAGAAUUCAUCGAGACUCAUGGCAUUGUGGAUGGAAUUUAUCGGCUUUCGGGAGUCACCUCAAACAUACAGCGGCUAAGGCAGGAGUUUGGCUCAGAUCAAUGUCCAGAUCUGACAAGGGAAGUGUAUCUCCAGGACAUCCACUGUGUGGGCUCACUCUGCAAGCUCUACUUUAGGGAGCUACCCAACCCCCUCCUGACUUAUGAGCUCUAUGAGAAAUUCACGGAGGCAGUGUCCCGUUGCCCAGAAGAAGACCAAUUGGCUCGAAUCCAAAAUGUUAUCCAGGAGCUCCCGCCAUCCCAUUAUAGGACUUUGGAAUACCUGAUCCGACACCUGGCGCACAUCGCCUCCUUCAGCAGCAGGACCAACAUGCACGCCAGGAACCUGGCCCUGGUGUGGGCUCCAAACCUCCUCAGGUCUAAAGAAAUCGAAGCCACUGGUUGCAAUGGAGAUGCAGCCUUCCUUGCAGUCCGGGUGCAGCAGGUGGUGAUUGAGUUCAUCUUGAAUCAUGUGGAUCAAAUCUUUAACAACGGUGCACCGGGGUCCCUGGAGAACGAUGAAAAUCAGCCCAUAGUGAAGAGCCUGACCUUGCCAGCCCUCUCCCUGCCCAUGAAGUUGGUGAGCCUAGAGGAAGCCCAGGCCCGGAGCCUGGCUACUAACCAUCCCGCUCGGAAGGAAAGGAGGGAGAACAGCCUGCCUGAGAUUGUCGCACCCAUGGGUACCCUCUUCCACACUGUCCUUGAGUUACCAGACAACAAAAGGAAGCUCUCCAGUAAAUCCAAGAAGUGGAAGUCAAUAUUUAACCUGGGACGUUCUGGAUCAGACUCCAAAUCGAAGCUGAGUAGAAAUGGGAGUGUGUUUGUGAGAGGUCAGAGGCUCUCAGUGGAAAAGGCUACCAUCCGACCAGCUAAAAGCAUGGACUCCUUGUGCUCAGUGCCUGUGGAAGGGAAAGAAACCAAAGGAAAUUUCAAUCGAACAGUUGCCACUGGUGGAUUUUUCAUUCCAGCAACAAAAAUGCAUGCGACCGGCACGGGCAGCUCAUGCGACCUCAGCAAGCAAGAGGGCGAGUGGAGCCAGGAGGGGAUGCCAGCAGGGGCCGAGGGGGGCUUUGAUGUCAGCAGUGACCAGAGCCAACUCCAGGGUGCCCAGGCCCGGCCCCCGCCCGAGCAGCUGAAAGUGUUCAGGCCCAUUGAGGAUCCCGAGAGCGAGCUUACAGGCUCGAAGAUGCUGGGCAUGUUCUACACUUCCAACGAUGGCCCCAGCAAGUCUGUUUUCGCCAGCAGCCUCUUCCAGGUGGAGCCCUCGCCCCGCCACCAGCGCAAGGCCCUGAACAUCUCCGAACCCUUUGCCGUGUCCGUGCCACUCCGUGUGUCAGCGGUCAUCAGCACCAACAGCACACCCUGCAGGACACCCCCAAAGGAGCUGCAGUCUCUUUCCAGCCUGGAAGAGUUUUCUUUCCAGGGCUCUGAAAUUGGAGGUUGGCCCGAAGAGGAGAAGCCACUGGGAGCUGAGGCUGCUACAGCUUCUACACCUAAGAAGGCAGCUCUCGAGGAUCCCAAGCCAGUACCUGAAGCAGUGGGGGCAGUGGAAUGCAGCAAAGGCCUUGCCCUGGAGCCAGACGUCCAGCUGGAGGACAAGAAAACCUUGGAAACCUCCCUGGGUCCUCAGCAUUCAAGUGAAUUAGAAAAGACUCAAAAUGCAGAGAAGGUGGCAGAGGAGGCUGGCCAGGUGGAGCCCAGCGUUCUGCAGGAGAGCCCCAGGACCAGAACAGAAGCUGUGUUUCUCCAUGAGAUGGAUGAAGAUGAUCUGGCCAAUGCCCUCAUCUGGCCUGAGAUUCAACAAGAGCUGAAAAUCAUCGAAUCCGAGGAGGAACUCUCCUCAUUGCCACCGCCUGCUCUACCGAUCAGCCCAACCGAGCCAAAUCUUGAGUCCAGCCCAGGACCUUUUGCUUCCACAGAGCUUCCUGGGCGCUUGCCUUGUGGCUCCACCCCAGCUCCAGCCUCAGCCCCUCUAGAGGAGUGGACCAGGGACCCAACGAAUCAGAGCACACAGGGCUCUUCAACUGCAGUCAAUAGAAAAAAGCCGGAAUCAACCAGCAGCCUCCAGAGAGCAGCUCCUGAGAAGAUCCAACGCCCAGACCCCACCAGCCUGGCUCCCCUGGAAAUAGCUCCAUUUGAGAAGGCUUCUCCGCAAACAAAGGUAGAGAUGGGAGGCUCAGGGAAACUAUCUCCUCCCCUCCCGCCUGCUCCUCCCCCUCCAACUCCUCUAGAGGAGGCGCCUCAAGACCAGCUGAUAAAAACCAGCCCUGAGAGAGAAGACCCAUCCAGGAAUUUGAAGACAAGCCCCUAUUUAGAUCAGCUGAAGUCCAAAGGCAGCCUUGGUGUCCCCAGCUUUUGUCAGGGAGACAAGGCUGCUCCAGGAUGGAGUGAGAAGCAAAACCUUAUUACUGCUGCACCUGAGGGAAAAGAUCUUUGUUUUCCAAGACCAACAAGGGAGAUUGAGGUCUGUCCACAAGGAGAGGUGGAUGUCACCCAUUCAGUACAGGAGCCCUCAGACUAUGAUGAAGACGAUGCUGUGACAGACAUUGCCCAGCAUGGUUUGGAGAUGGUGGAGCCCUGGGAGGAGCCCCAGUGGGUGACAAGUCCCCUUCACUCCCCCACCCUGAAAGAUGUGCAGGAGGCCCAGGUGCAGGGCCCUCAGGGCCACCGACUGGAGAAGAGGUUUUUCCACAGGCCCACCCUUCGCCAGAGCCAUUCUCUGGAUAGCAAAACCACAGUUAAGAGCCAGUGGACUCUCGAGGGUCCCUCCUCCAGCAGCAGCUGUGCUAAUCUUGAAACAGAGAGGAAUUCUGACCCUCUACAGCCAUUGGUAUCCAGAACAGGGAUUACUGGAUGGGAAGAGAAAGCCCUGAGGUCCUUUGAAGAGUUCUGUGGCCUGAAAGAGACAGAGGCUUUUCCCCGACAGAAGGGACCUGAUGGUGUGCAGCCCACACCAGCAGAAACCACCUCUGUCAGUCUAGCAGAGGGAAAGGAGCUGGAAACACACCUGGGGCAUGACAGCCCACAGCUUGAGCGAGGGGAUGACCCUGGGCCGGUGAGCUGCAAGGAGAUUUCACCCAGCAUGCAGGACAGCAUCUCACAAGGAGAGAAUCCUCCAAAGUUACAACUGAAGAGCACUGAGUGUGGGCCCCCCAAAGGGAAAAAUAGGCCUUCUUCCCUCAACUUGGACUCUGCCAUUGCCAUUUCUGACCUCUUACGGUUUGAGAAUGUAGCCUCAUUUGGUUCACCUGGAAUGCAGCUCUCUGAGCCGGGAGACCCAAAGGUCACAUGGGUGGCCUCAUCUCACUCCAAAGCAGACCCCUGGAAGGACCACUCUCAGGACUCCCAGGACCUGGACCUUGUAGCUCAUGCCCUGACAGGGCGCCGCAACUCUGCUCCCAUGAGCGUGUCGGCUGUGAGAACCUCCUUCAUGGUCAAAAUGUGCCAGGCCAGGGCAGUCCCGGUCAUCCCACCCAAGAUUCAGUACACGCAGAUCCCACAGCCCCUGCCCUCUCAGGGCUCAGGGGAGGUUGGGGUUCAGCCUCUGGAAAAGAGCCAAGAAGAACACAGCGCAGGUGGUGGGACCUCUCAGAAACCUGCCAAAGAUGAUUCUCCCACCUCUCUGGAUAGCCCAAAGGGGGAGAAACCAAAGAAAGAUACAGGAGCCACAGGGUCCACACUGAUGGAUGGAACUGCAUCCUGCAGGUGUGAGGGAUCCACCCUUUCUCCAGAACCAGGCUUGUCUAACCUGCUCUUCACCCAGGAUGCAAUAGUGCAAUGUAGAAAGCGAACAUCAGAGACAGAGCCUUCUGGGGACAACCUUGUUUCUUCAAAAAUAGAGCGACCAUCUGGGAGUUCUAAGCCUUUCCACAGAGCAAGGCCAGGAAGACCUCAGAGCCUAAUUUUAUUCAGCCCUCCCUUCCCCAUUAUGGAUCACCCGCCUCACUCAGCCACAGUGACAGAUUCCAGGGUCCUACUGUCCCCUAUCCGAAGUCCCACCCAGACAGUUUCCCCUGGCCUUCUUUGUGGGGAGUUGGCAGAAAACACAUGGGUCACACCAGAAGGGGUUACACUUAGGAAUAAAAUGACCAUCCCUAAGAAUGGCCAGAGACUAGAGACCUCAACCAGUUGUUUUUACCAGCCCCAGCGGAGAUCAGUGAUUCUGGAUGGAAGAAGUGGGAGGCAAAUAGAAUGACAUCAGUUUGCCUGAAAAAUUGUCAUGAUUCAUCUGGAUGUUAUUACAGGGUCAAUUUGCCAUUACCCAAACACAGGUUAUCCAAGUUUGGGAUUAUUUUGGCCUCUGAUUGUUCCUCUUUCUUCAGCCUUUUGACCAUUUAUUUUGUCCCUUUGCCAUAAAAGUGGUCAAGGGGUGGACCAAGAGAUAAAAUUUAAGGAAGUCCAUAAGAGCAAGUGGGAAAAGGUCAAGUGAGGGAAGAGGUUGAAAUGCUUGCCUCCAGUGAAAUUGGGGCUUCUCUGUGAGUUGCAUUACUCCCCAUUACCAUCAUCUAUCACUGUUAAGAGCUGGCUGUGAUAAUGCACUUUGAAAGAAAGAGAAAUCCUUUACCUAUGUCGGAAAAUACUGCUAUUGAGGUUGGAAGGCCUUCUCUUUACUUCAUGCUUUUUAAUGCUUUAUAAAGCAUUGUUUUUUCAGACAUGUUUGCUAACAAGCUUUGCAAAAGUGUACUAUCAAGAGUAGAAGCAGAUUUGGGAAUGCAAACUAAUAUGCAUGGAGGUAUUGGAGUGGGUGAGUCUGCCCAUUUCUCUUUCCCUGGAGUCCCUACAGAGCAGUCCAAGAUGGCUCCACAUACCCACACAGAGACUCAGAAUCUAUACUCAAGAGCAAACAUUGAGACUUGCACCAUCCAACUUUCUGACGUUUGUUAAUUUGGGACUCCAGCUGCCACUGCACUGACCUGUGAUUUAUAAAUCCAGUAGCUGGGAAGGGUGGGGGCUGAGCUGAGGUUAUCAUAAUGAAAUGUGCUGAAUUUCCAUUCAAGUAUGCAGUAGCUCAGUGAAGUUAUCUGCUGCUUUUCCAGCAUCAGAUUCUAAGAACUGCAUGUCAUCAUAGAGAAAAGCCUCAUGUAUAAGCAGAACACACCAAACUUCAUGUGUUUAAAUUGGUGGGGCAUUGGCAGAAAACACUUCUAGCUUAGCUUCACUCCUCUUUUAUACUGGGCUGGGACCAAGAGUACAGGAGAUGGUGAAGAGGGAGACCUAGGGGGAGUAGGAAGAGCCCUGAGAUGGUGACUCUCACUACAACUUGGUGAGAGUUGCUCUUCUUGAAAAUUUAUUUCAUUUUAGCCCUUUCUCCAUUUCCCUCUAUUGCUGAAGAGCAAAUUUGAGUCACCUCUGCCUUAGGUAAUUCCCCUCAACCACCACCCAUGCCAGGCACUCAAACUUGCUCUUCACCUUUGUCUAUUUACAAGCAGAAUCAAUAAACCAAUGUGAUUUCCUUUUAGUUAUUUAGAAUUUCCCAUGGUUCUUUCCUUUUCAGCUGGAGAGAGGGAGAACCACUGUAACCUGCUGGCAGAUUUUUGGUGCUCCCCCAAAGUGACCUCCACAAGAGCCCUUCUCAAGGCAAAACCCAUCAGUGUAUCAACACUUUCUAAGCCAACCAUAUUUUUUUGAGAAACCAAGGAAAACAGGAGCUAUUUUUUUUAGCCCUAUGCACCUCUUCUCAGGUUCAAGCCAGCUGAAACACUAUCCAGAAGCUCAGUCACUGCAGAAAUUUCUCUAAGGCCUAGCAGUACCUUUGGGCAAACCCCUCAAUCAAGGCUGGUGCAGGACAGGGUAGGGGCUGAGCUAAAGUUAUCUCCUCCAAUGAGAAAGUGGAAGCCAAUGUCCUGCCACAGAUAAAUAUUUUCUCUUCUUCCCUGAUAAGCCUAACAAACAGCUUUUAAAUCUUAUCCUGUACCUUUUAAGCCAGUGUCUGUGGCAGGGGUAGGUGGUAGGGAGUGUUGAGGUCAGGUGAUGAGUUCUGCCUUUAGUGACCACUGAGAUAGAAGAGCAGGGGGAAGAGUUAAUAGGCCUUUGGCCAGUGUCCAACAUCCCUAGGGUAUAGUGAUUUUCCCCCUAGGCAAGCAAGGGGAAGAAAUAUAGUGGUGACAGAUGAGAGAGACCAUGUUCCAGAGAUUUGCAAAGCACAUUCCUGCCUUAUCAGAAAAUGUGGUCAAUAGACUUUAUGUCAUUCUCAGUGCACUUGUGGUGUCUGUGCUUUGAUAAAGACCAUGUCCCAGUAAGAAUGUGAGAGAGGGGAGGGAUUGCACUUUGCUUCACCAUCAGAACUCUGAGCCGAGUAAUGCAAUAUUUAAACUAUUUUAUGAUUAUUUUAAAUUCUUGUUUGUUACACUUCUAGAAUAUAUAUAUUUUUUCUUGGUAUAGACUGAAAAGCCAUCAUUUACAUAUUAACAAAUGACUUCAGUUCUAAGGGUCGAGGCACCUAUGUAGAUGGCUGCCAUGUCAUUUAGACACUGACAACUGUCAUUUGUAGCAUCAUUUUCAGGAGUGUGGAUGUGUGGAUGUCAUCAUGAAACACACUGACAGCUCUCUAGAGACAGUCCUCCCUCUGAGCUUUCCUAGCCAGUCAAUUCUAGAAGGCCUUGGAAGCUGACUCAUCUUCAGUGUCCCACUGCUAAAGUGUGGAUCUCUUCUUGGAUUGUCUUCCAAUCUGACAACUGUUACAAACAUAUUCAUAAACUUCCUGUGGUCUGGUGCUGAUAAAAUUUCAUUACAUGACAAAGAAAACUCAUUUUAUUUUUCCAUUUGUUCCCCAAAAUACCCUAGGAUUACCUAUUUGGUCACCCACUUGGGGUUCUGGAAAAUGGACCCCCCUGAGAACGGCUGGAUGGAAAUUAGAUUGCCGCUUCCAUCCAGGGGAGGGACAGAACACGUGCUGCUGUUUUGAGGAUCUGCCUGGUGCUGUUGAAAGGGCUGCAGUAAACUCUUGAAGGACAAAGGACUCCUUCAGAUUAGUUUUCAGUCCUCACACUGAAAGCUGAUUUAAAAUGUUGAAUUUGAACUCAAAUGCAUGCAUGUUACCAGUGUUUUAUUUCAGUGUUAACGGUUGCUUAAGAAGGUGACUACGUAUAUUUAUUUGCAAAUUGGCCCUGCUAGGCCAACUUUUUUUUUUUUUUUUUGCCAAAAUGGACUAAAGGAUAGAGAGAAUUUGGUUCUUAUUCCCUGCUUCACCUGGAAUAUGAAGAGACUUGACCAAGAACCCCAAUAAGACAGUGUCAUCAAAAUUUAAGCUCUAAACUUCAAAAUUGAAUGGUCCAAGUCAAAUUUCUGGAUUCUAGAGACAUUAAAAAUGUCAAUGUCAUUUUCCUCAACAAAUAAUAUAUAUCAAGAGUUUAGGAAUAUUUCACUGGAUACCUGAAAACUCCUAAAUCUUUGAAGAGUCUAAUAAAAAAAAAAAAAAAAAAGAAAAAAUGGUAGCAAAUUAAACAGCCCAUUAAACAA